CCUGGGUUCAGUUGAACAAAAAAAGGAUCUGAUAUCUUGCGGUGCCAAGUGCUGGUCUAUUUCGUCAUGGGAAGGAGUGAGAAAGGAUUAUCAUUUAUAUUUCAAUCUUGGCAAAGCCACUCACUACCCAGCCAAGCCAGCUCUUAGUGAAUCCUUCAUGGUACGACUUGGUUCCGACCACCACCAUCGUCCACAUGCCUCGCCCGCCACCGCCGCCAGGCUUUGUUCAGCUCCUUUUAUUGCCUCAAGAUUCGUUUUACUUGGAAGUUCCUAUGCGAAUCGCAACGACGGUCUGUCUAUACCCGUUAAAAUAUCUUCGGUAUAUUGGCUGGUGUGUCCUAGGCGUUAGUGGGAGCCUGGUUGAUGAGACUGGGGCUGCGGUAGAAUUGAACGGCGAGCUGGUGGAUCGGGGAGUCUACCGAUACGAUGUGCCUGAUGGAAACAUCCUCUCUCACGCCGUUGACCCCGGGGUCAUCAAACAGCGAACGCAUACGCACUCCGCAACUACAGCUACCCGCGAAAACUUUCGUGAGAAGGUGCUAAAACGCGAUGGUCGAUGUGUGUGGACCGGCAUUGAUGAAGGGGUUGGGAUGCAUAUUAUUCCUUAUGCACGAGGCGAUGAGUGGAUACAACUCAUCAUCGAGAACCGGCCAAACGAAGAGAAUCUGACGACGCUGCGCAGCAUCAAUGAUAUUCGCAACGGUUUUUAUGCCACUGCUGAGAUUCAUGUCCAUUUCUUUGACCAACAGAAGGUUGCCGUGCUUGCCACUCCAAAUCCUAUCCUGAAAACCACCGAUAUCCCUGAUCGCCACCAGCGUCAGCUAGCAGACGAUGUCAGUUACCCGCCUGAUUCUCGAUAUACACUUCAGUGGAUCACUACUCCAAGCAGUAGAUCUACUCUGGAGCGAACUCCUAACAACAAUGAUGCCACUUUUGCGAACCGUCGACAAAAGCCUGCCAGACUCUUGCUACAUUAUAGGUAUGGAGCCGCUGCCGUGAAGAAUUGGGGCAAGAACGUUGCUGUUCUCAUCCAAUAUCACCAGCCUAACCGCCCAUCAGUACCUACCCCGGCGCCAAUGGGGCCAUCGAAGGCAAAACAUGUUCGUAGCGUCAGUAUCAAGAAGCGUGAGAAGCGGAGGCGGGAGGAAGAGCGAGAGGGAGCUGGAGCUGGAAUGGAGCAGGCAGGAGGAAGGAAUGAAGGGGGGACUAGUGCAGCGACGGCUGUAGAAUCAGAGGCUCAGGACAUCUGGGAUGAGCACGAUGUUAUGCUAUUUUUCUGGGGUAACUCGAAGGCAGCACAGGAAAGACGUGCCAAGGAGGAGGCAGAUCACAGAGAGUACUUGGAGAAAUGGAGGUCUGGAAUACCCAGAAACCCACUCAAUGUAUAAUAUCAUGUAUAAGCUUAUUUGCAUAUUGUCAUGUUUCGAGAAUGGACUCGGAC